UCUUGCUCUCACUUGGGAGGAACAACACUUCGGAGGCAAAAACCUAAAAGAAUGAAACUUGCGGGUCUGAAAUCGAUCGAGAACGCUCACGAGGAGUCAGUUUGGGCGGCGACAUGGAUUCCGGCGACGGAAGCUCGACCGGCGUUGCUUCUCACCGGAUCUCUUGACGAGACGGUGAGGCUAUGGCGGCCGGACGAGCUGGAGCUUGUACGGACCAACACUGGACACAGCCUCGGAGUGGCGUCGGUGGCGGCCCACCCAUCGGGUAUCAUCGCCGCGUCGUCUUCGCUCGACAGCUUCGUCCGAGUCUUCGACGUCGACACUAACGCCACCAUCGCUGUUCUCGAAGCUCCUCCCUCUGAGGUCUGGGGAAUGCAGUUCGAACCCAAGGGCACCAUCCUUGCUGUCGCGGGUGGGAGUAGUGCCUCGGUCAAGCUUUGGGACACAGCAAGCUGGAAACUAGUCUCGACUCUAUCCAUCCCUCGUCCAGAAUCACCGAAACCGUCGGAUAAGACCAGCAGCAAGAAGUUUGUCUUAUCGGUGGCCUGGUCCCCAAAUGGGAAACGCCUAGCCUGUGGUUCCAUGGAUGGCACGAUAUGUGUUUUUGACGUAGAGCGUGCGAAGCUUCUGCACCAACUAGAGGGUCACAACAUGCCUGUAAGGUCCCUAGUGUUCUCCCCCGUCGACCCCAGGGUCCUAUUCUCUGCUUCAGACGACGGUCACGUGAAUAUGCAUGAUGCCGAGGGAAAAAGCCUGGUGGGAUCCAUGUCGGGGCACACGAGUUGGGUGCUGAGCGUUGAUGCUAGCCCAGAUGGUGCGGCUAUAGCCACCGGCUCCAGCGAUAGAACUGUGAGGCUAUGGGAUCUCAAGAUGAGGGCAGCGAUCCAGACAAUGAGCAACCACACUGACCAGGUCUGGUCGGUGGCGUUCAGGCCACCAGGGGGAACCAAUGUUCGGGCCGGCCGUCUUGCCAGUGUGUCGGACGACAAGAGCAUAUCGCUUUAUGAUUACUCGUGAACAUUAUGGUAAUCUAUCUCUUAUUCCGAGACAUCUCGGUUGGUGGUGGUCUUUGUCCUGAUAUGACGUUUUCUGGUUUCUUCUGUACACAGAAUGUACAAUGUACUUCACUUCUUUGAACUUUCCCCACAAUCUU